AGCGGGGCGUCUGAAGCGCUCUGCCAGGGGAGCUUCCAAGGGGCUCGCGCGCGCAUGCGCGAGCAACCGCAGCAUCCCUUUACCCGUCCUCGCGGCUGCCGGGCACCGCCCUCUGUGACUCAACAGGGCGUGGAGGAGUUGCUGCUGCUGCUGCUGGAGGCUCCACUUUCCUCCCGCGGCAUCUCUCUCUCUCUCCCGCCCCCCCUUUCCGCUCUUCCAAAGGCAACAGCAGCAGAAGGAGCUGCGCAGCCGCCGCCACCACUCCUCCCUUCGGGGCUUUUUUUCUCUCCCCACCACCACCAGCACCACUCCGCCCAGGCGAGGCGAGAUCCCUCCAUCCGUCCCUUCCUCCUCCUUUCUUUCCUUCCCUCCUUUUCUCUCUAGUUGUUCUCUUCCUCUCUGUCUCUCUCUCUCUCUCGCCUUGUUCCCUCGAAGAAAGGGGCAGGAGACCGGGGUAGCCGAGCCAGCAUGGACGACCAACCGGGCCAGUCCCCCUUGGUCUCUUCCACCUCGCCCUCGUCUUCCUCCCUGCCGGGAGCGGAGCAGGGCGGGCAGCCCCAGAAGCCCCUCUUCCAGUACCAGUUCGUGAAGGAGCCGGAGGACGAGGAGGAAGAAGAGGAGGAGGAAGACGACGACGAAGAAGUGGACGACGAGAGGCUGGAAGUCCGGGAGCGGAAGCCCGUCUCGGCGCCGCCGGCCCCCGAAGUUUUUAGUAGCAUCAUGGAACUAAAUGGGAACAGGGGAUUUUUAGUUCAGAACUGA